UGGGAGAACAGGUUUCUGUCUGCUGGUGACAAACAGACUGUUUAAGAGCAAGUUAUGGGUCUUGAAUCUGCUGCCAUCACAGGAGGAGUAGUAGGAGCAAUUGGUGCAGUGCUCAUGGCCCCUGCUGCCUUGACCGCCAUUGGUUUCACCUCAGCUGGGAUAGCAGCGGGCUCCUACGCUGCGAGCAUGAUGUCUGCUACUGCCACCGCUAAUGGAGGCGGGGUGACAGCAGGAAGCCUGGUUGCGAUUCUACAGUCUGCAGGUGCAUCUGGUUUUACAGCGUUUGCCAACACGGUUGUGGCCAGCAUUGGAGGUGCUCUUGGAACCGUUAUUGGAGUUGGAGUGGAAAGGCUGUCAAACAUCUUUCAGAAACGAAAGAAACAAAAAAGAAGGGAGGAAGCAAUGCAAGCCAUUCUGUUUGGUGUCGCUGCAGGGGCUUUAUUUCUCUGGUUAAAACGCUAAUUAUUAUUUUUGCUUUCCCAGUAUUGGUGACCUCACAUUACAUAUUUCACUGGUGAGGAACUAAAAGAGCCACUUCAUCAUCUCAUUUCUGUUUCAUUGAUGCUCCAGUUAAACAAAAAAAGACAGAAACCAACUUUCAUUAAUUUCUUUACAUAAAGUUUAAAAUAUAUUAAUACCCUGUGUGAUGAUCAAUACAAAGUGAAAUAGAAGAAACAUUAUUCAUGGAUUUCUAAUUGACUAUAACGUAAAACUAAAUUUGUAUUAAUUCCCCUGGGAGUAUUCAGGGGAGUGAUACAGGAUCUAUAUUUGUAUUUAUUUUUUUCUGAACUGCCUUCCGCUACAGAUUUGACAUUACUUUUUUGAUUUUGCUUUUUUCAGUUGAAACCAGAAGAAUACAUUUAUCAAAUAAGUAUAUGUAAACUUCUAGUUUCAACUGUAACUAGAAUCUUAGAUAUUUAAGAAAAAUAAUUCCCUACUAUCUGAAUAAAAAAAAUAUUUAUUCUGGUAAAUGGUAUGGAGUGUCAUGUAAAGUAGAGUUUAGCCUCCCUCCCAAGGGAAGUCCAGGUUUAAGGAGUAUCUAAAUAACAAAAAUGUUUUGACAUUAUAAAAAGGUUAUAUGAAAUUAGGAAAUGUAAUUUUGACUAGCCUACAGUGUAAAGUACUGUGAAGCAGUAGUACUUAUUGGGAAUUGUAACAAUUAUCAGUAAUAAUCAUGUUCAAUGUAUUUCCAAAUUAGAAAUGACCUAUAACCUCAAUUAAAGUUGAUCAGAGUUUAA